GCCGAACCGCGUGAGGAUGGGUGACGGAGCGAGGGGAAGAGUCGCGGAGAUCCAGUUCGAAGACGAAGGGGGGGAAACAGUCGGCGUUCGUCCCGUCACGGUCCGAUUCCUCGAGAGAUUCACAGGACACGCACUGGGCCGUUCCGCAUACUCAGAAUCCUCUCUCUUCAGAAAAUUAUUCUGGCUUCUAGUAUUUCUCAUCGCUUUUGGCUACAUGACCUUCGGAUUCGUCGAUAUCAUCAAUGCAUAUAUGUCCGGUCCCAGAACGACCACCACCCAGAUCGUGUCACGGGACGAACUUCCCUUCCCAGCCGUCACCGUCUGCACCCAAAAACUUCAACCUUUUCGCCUGCGUUACGAUUUUUCGGGGCUCUUCAGCCCGAUGCAAAAACUCCUCGAAAUGGAUACGUACCUUGAUAAGGUGUUUGAUUUCUUAUCAAGGCCAGAUGACGUAAACCAACCGACUGGGGCACCUUUACCCUCUUUCCUCCAAGACGAGAAUAGCACAACAAGCGAAGACGGAGAGCAGGGGAUAUGCCUGCAACCCUUUGCUGCUGCAAAUUAUGAACUUGCACGGGAUCUCCUGAAUGCAUUCGAGUGGUGGCUCGGCCCGAACGGAUACCUCUUGGAUGGCUACUCCGAUCUCACGGACUUGGAUCGUACCGAUAUUAUGAAAAACGUACUCCAUUGCAGCUUCAACGAAGAGCCUUGCGAUGAUAUGUAUGAAUUCGAGGUAAACGAAGUGCUUGGGUAUUGCAUUACCUUCAACUACCGCAGAGACAAAAAAGUUCACCGUCAGAACUCCUCAGAUCCGGGAUUCGUAAUGAACAAGAACCCCUGGCAAGGGCUUCGGCUCGUAAUGGCACCGUUUUUCUCGAAACAACUGGAUCGCCUUUCACCUGCCAAAGGGUACAGGGUCUUCAUUCGGAAACCCCAGGACGACACCUAUACCGUC